GUGCGGCUGCCGGCAGCGCUGCCGCACAGCCGGAGCGACCACAGCUCGGUCAGCGGCGGCACCGACAAGUACCAGCCGUGCUGCAGCAACGACCUGAGCGACCGCCAGCCGGAUGGCUGCCGCGAGCGGCUGCGGCGCCGCGAGAACUCCGUGUUCAACAUCCCCGGCGCCGGCGACCCGAACCUGCAGCAUGACGGCUGUCAUGCCACCGCCGAGAAGGCGUUCAUGGCGCGCAAGGGCGACGCCGAUGCCAGCCUCUUCGAGCUGGGCGCCGGCCCACCGGAGAAGGUGAUGAUCUGGACCGAGCGCGAGGUGCUGACCCGCCAGGUGACACAGAUCGGCCGCUCCGCCUGCGGCGCUACCGCCGUCAUCAACGUCCUGCUGGCGCUGGGCUACCAGCCGGACCAGGCGGCGGCGGCGGCAGCCGUCAGUACCCGACUGCGCCGCGAGGCGGCGCCACUGGCCGACUACCUGUUCUCGCGCGCCGAGGCUGGCUGCACGCACAAACAGCUGAUCGACGGCGUCAACACGCUCACCGACGGCCAGGUGUGUGGCCGCUUCUUCAGCAUGUACCCGCGGCGCAGCUUCCAGCUGGUGCGCUGGCUGGGCGGCUGGCUGCGGCGCGGCGCCGUGCCCGUGGCCACGCUCAACCCGCAGCGGGGUGUGCCGCCGCAGCAGACGGUGCCCGACGCCUGGCACCACCAGAUGGCGUUCGGCGUCGGACCGCAGGGCGUGUACUUGACGAACCCGCUGGAGUGCGUGUCGGCCUCGCUGCUCGGGGAGCAGCUCUGCAGCGAGCCCGUGCUGCUGGUGCGACGCGAGGACAUCACCUCGCGGUGGCGCGACGGCUGUGCCCUCCAGCCGCUCAUGAACGCCGCCGACCCCCGCUGGCGACGCAUGAACGUGCUAGGCCAGGUGGUGACGGUGCUGCGGGAGGAGCUGGACGCGCCGCCGCCGGGCGUCCGGCGCGUGCUCACCACGCACGUGACCGUGCCGGCCUGGUACCGGUCGGGCGUGACGCUCUUCCUGCGCCGCUCUUCGCCGCACUGCGCCGACCUCCUGCGCGAACCGGAGCUGCCCCGGCUCGAGGAUUGUUAACGCCUGAACGAUGCAGAUCCUAUUUAUGUGCGCUUCGAUCUAUGCAAUGACCUGUUUUUGUGUGUUUGUAAAUAUACGCUGCCAUACCGCGCCCUGUCAGUCUGCGCGAAGCAGCAGGCGGGAUGCUCGAG